AUGCCACUUACGUGUACUGACAUAUUUAAAGCAAUUUUUGCUGUUUUUUUCCCACCGCUUGGUGUUUUUCUUGAGGUUGGAUGUACCAAAGACUUAUUAAUUAAUAUUUUGUUGACUCUACUUGGAUGGGUUCCUGGAAUUAUCCACGCUUUUUAUAUAAUUGUCAAAUAUUAA